AUGGCAGGUCGAGCAUCAGCCUCAUCCUCCUCACCAUCCUCUUCACGUCCCUCCAGCACCCCCUACACCACCUCACGCCGGCCCACGCCCUCAGCAGCCCGCUCAUCAGGCCUCUUGAACAAUACUCACAACGACGACCAAGAUGACCCAAUCACUCCCACUCCCACUACCGCCACAAUCACCAGCAGCGACGCCGGCGAGCUCCUGUUCCCUACCAUCCGCUAUCCUCACAGCAACAGCAACAAUAACAACAAUGCCAGCAACCGCAACAGCAUGCGCUCCGUUGGCUCACGCGUGUCGCUGCGGGAGCAAUUCGCCACUACGCGGCAGGAGUACGAGUUCGGGUUCGACGACGCCGCGUCUUUCAUCACGCACAGCGAGGACGGCGAUUUUGACAGCGAGGACAGCUAUGGGAGGGGUGCAAGCGAGGACGACGCGCUGAGGGGGAACGAGGGAGGGAGUGGCAGCCUGGACAGCGUCUUUGUCGUCGUCCCUCCGGCCCCUGCUGCUACUGCUGGUGCUGCUACUGCUGUGCCGCCGCCAGGUGAUGAGGAUGGCAGUGGUGGUGGUGUCGGUGGUGGUGAUGCAGAAGAGGGGACGACGACGACGAGGAGGAGGAAGGCGAUGGUGCGACGGACCCAUCGCGAGCUGCUGUGUCUGCCAGACGAGGAGGCGCUCUCGAGGGAGGACAUCAGGCGGGCGUAUUCCCGGCUGUGUGAAAUCCUGCGUUCACGAGAGGUGCCGCCGCGGUCUCGUGGGGUGGCCGAGAGGUGGCUUGGCCAAGUGAAGACUGCGUUUGAGGCGCUGAUCGGGGAGCGUGGAAGCCAGGAUUACGCCUUGGACCAGGCGAGUACAGAACAUGACGACGAGCUCGAUGGCGAAGACGAUAGCGUCGGCGACGAGGACGAGGCACAAAAGGAUGACGAGGAGGAGAGCACGGCUGCCACAGUACCGGAACCUCAGCUGCUCAGAAAGCUACGCCAGCAGCAGGAGCAGACAUCAACAGAAAUUGGCAUCCAUCUCCACGGGCCUCGCAUCCAUCCAUCAUCAAGGUCUAGACGAAACUUGCCUCGACUGCAGUUCCCAGCCACCCUAUCCCUAACCCAAACCUCCACCACCGCCCUCCCCUCCAUCAGCCGAUUCCUGGCACCACGGUCCCAGAGGCUCCUGAACUCGCUCAGAGACCUAUCGACCCGAGGAGACAAGCAGCAGCAGCAGCAGCAGCAGCAGCAGCACGACCAGCGCGUGCUCUAUUACGCCCCCACAAAAGUCACCACCGCAGCCUCCCUCCUCGGCUCCACCCCGGAUCUCAGCCCUACUCCUGUCUCCUUCGCCUCCUUCACCUCACCCUCCUCCUCCUCUCCCGGCCCCUCCGUUGCCGUGGGGCUCCCCCGCCCCCAGCUCAUCAACAACACCAUCCUACCCGACCACUUCGCCAGGGACCGGCCCAUGAAGUUGUGCUCCAUGUUCCUCGCGCCCCUCGUCAACAUCAGGCUGCGGCAGGAGCUCUUCCUCCGCGAGCCGGGCCUGUCGGAAGCUGCGCUGCGGGAGCUCGUCCCAGAUGCCGUGUUUGAGGUCGAGACGGAUGCGCUGAAUGCCGGGUCUCUGACGGUUCGGGCAUCAAGCACCCUGCGUCGCCCUGUUGCUGGUCCAGAGGGGAAGACGGCCGGGAGUGCUGCAGCCGAAGAAGAGAAGGAGACCAAGAAGAAGGAGCCGGUGCACGUCGAAGUGAGCGUGUCGUCCAGCCGAUCUCCGCUGUCCAAGAAAUCCGCAACACGCCUCGGCCUCGCAGUCCAUCAACACCUGCCUCGCUACGGCGCCACAGCCUUCGCCAGCCUAGACACCGGCACCUCGUCCCUGUGGGAGAUGCCGCCGCCGCCACCGUCUUCUUCAUCAUCUUCAUCAUCUUCUUCUUCUUCUUCUUCUUCUUCUUCUUCAUCAUCAUCAUCAUCAUCUUGGUGGCGCCCGCGAAAGGAGCCCGAGAAACACCCCGCCGUCUCGCUGCAGGGCUUCAUAGGCCAGCUGUCAAUGCUGCUCCGGCGCGGGAUCGUUCCACACAGCCCACCCACGGCAGAGAUCGGAUGGAGGUUCGGCGGCGGAGGCUCUUGUGAUGACACCCUGGGACUGGCGAUGGGCCGUCCCUUCACAACACAGGCGAGAAGUGGGCUGCGCCGGCUGCACGACGACAUGGACCUGGACGGGUCUGCUGGGGGGAGGCGGAGGGGGAGGAGGACCGAACCGUUGACCGUCGCGUGUGCAGCGACGGCAGGAGGAGGCCUUGCUGGCUACCUCCGAUACGGCAAAGAUGUCUUUUUCGCAUCUGCAUCUGCAUCUGCAUCAUCGCCAUCGCCACCAUCAUCAGCCUCUCGGGCAUCGACACGGUGGUGGAAGAAACACCUAAACUUCCGCCUGGAGACAGAGAUCACGACCCAGACGAGAGGGCGGGGCACCACCCACCUCGCCCUCCGCGGCGUCAAGAGGAUCGGGCGCUCAUCCAAGCUGGGCCUCGAGCUCGGCAUCUGCAGCAACCACAGCGCCGGCAUCACCUUGUCCCUCUACCUCUCCCGGCACAACGACAGGCUCGCCCUCCCCGUCGGGUUCUUGCCAACCCACCACCGCCUUCCCUCGUCUCCCCUGGACAAGCUUCUCUUCUGGUUGGCCCUCGUACCCCUCGCCCUUAGGGCGGUCCACGACUUCAAAUCAUCCUCCUCCUCCUCCUCCUCCUCCUCCUCCUCCUCCUCCUCCUCCUCCUCCUCCUUCUCCUCCAUCGUUAGUCGCGACGUCGACAGGAAAAGGACAGACCGCCACACCACUGCUGCCCUUACGAGAAACGCCGCCCGGCGCCGCGCCGAGGCGGAAGAGCUCGUCACCGCCCUGGAGCGCCCUGUUCUGCGCCGGCAGCAGACUCGGCUCAGGCGAGGCGGGCUCGUGAUCCUCAGCGCAAAGUACGGCGUUCUCAAACGCGACUCGAUACCGUCUAGAGCGGCGCUUGACCCCGGCUCGGCCAAGGUGGAGAUGGACGGGGAGGAUGUUGCGGACGUCACUGUUGCUGUGGCUGCGCUGGUGGAUGACGGCGACAAUCCUGACAAUAAUGUUGAUGAUGAUGAUGAUGAUGAUGAUGAUGAUAAUAGUAACGACGGAGGCAGGUUGUAUAUCCCUGCAGGUCUGCGAAAGAGCAGGCUGUUGGGCUUCUGGGAUCCGAGGCCGGGGAGGACCAAGGGCUUGGUGGUGAGAUAUGUCUUUGGUGGAAAGGAGAGGGUGAAGGUGGUUAUGGGACGGGAGGAGUUGAGAUUGCCUUGA